AUGGCAGUCUGGUGCCUGCACCUGCUGAAGUUCAGAGGCCCAGAGGCUGGACUACAAGAACCUCCCGAGGAGGAAGAAGAGGAGGAAGAAGAAGAAGAAAUAGGGGAGAAGGGGGAUGAGGAAGAUGCCUCCUCUGCCAGCGAGGAGGAGAUGGACUCCAGCAGCCCUCAGCCCGGCUCCCCUACAGGCCAUCGCCGCUACUCCCUGGGUGUGCUGCGAAACAUGAGGUCUGAGCUGGCUUGGUGCCCGGCGCCGGCUCUCGGAGAGCAGACUGGCCACGUGUCCUCGUGCGCCCUUCUCUGCACCAAUAUCGAAAAUAACUAUUUUGAAGAGUCCAGAUUAAAAUGUCACAUUCACGGGACCUUUUGUUCAUUUCCAGCCACUGACAGUCUUUACAAGCUGUCUCUGCAAACCCUCAAUGCGGACAUUUUCUUAAAACACCACCAGACCUCACCAACAGCGGCCUCCUCUCCAUCUCCGCCCACCGCUCCCUGCCCGUUCACGUCCCGUGGCAGCUACAGCAGCAUUGUCAACAGCUCCAGCAGUGACACGAAGGCAAAGCAGCCCAGUGGAAGCAAAAGCAAGCUGACGAAGGCAGCCUCUCUCCCAGGCAAGAACGGCAACCCUACCUUUGCUGCAGUCACCGCAGGCUACGACAAGAGCCCGGGAGGAAACGGCUUUGCUAAAAUUUCUUCAAGCAAAUCAGAUUUUCCCAGCAGCCUUGGCAUGUCACACAUCCCUGUGGACAGUGAUGGCUCAGACAGCUCGGGUUUGUGGAGUCCUGUCAGCAAUCCAAGCAGCCCUGACUUCACCCCCCUCAAUUCGUUCUCGGCCUUUGGCAAUUCUUUUAAUCUAACAGGUGUUUUCAGCAAACUCGGGCUGCCGAGAUCCUGCAGUCAGUCAUCCCAGAGAAGUUGGAAUGAGUUCAGCAGUGGCCCCUCCUACCUUUGGGACUCUCCAGCGACAGACCCCAGCCCUUCCUGGCCAGCCAGUUCCAGCUCACCAACCCACACAGCCACUGUGAGUACUCCAGCCCCAGCCUCUUCGUCAUUACCGUGUUGCCCUUGGACUGUGGUUACAGUCACAGCAGCAAAGCACGCCUCUUCCUCCGGGGAGCUAGAGCACAGGUGUGAUGUGACCCGGCUGGCAGAGGCUCCAGCGGCCAGCCGGCCGCUCCUCCCUCCACGGCAAGCUGGGAAGUUCUGA